UGCUGCACUGGCCCAACCCCAUGGGCGACCAGGACCGCCAGGCGUUGGGUGCCUUCCUACGGACACUGCGUCGACGCCUCUCGGCCGACGGACAGCGGCUAGCCAUCGUCGUGCCCGCCGACAAAGCCGAGCGCCUCUCGGGAUUCGACGUGCAGGACAUCAUCAACCUGGUGGACGUGAUGUUCGUGGAGACCCACCGCACCAUGGAGCCGGCGACGUUCCCCGUGACGAGCUUCUACAGCCCGCUUCGCGUCAAGACGCAGGCCAAGCGUCGCGGGCAGACGGGCCUGUCGCACGUGCUGGGAGACAUGUCUCUCGAGCUCACCCAGAUGGACAAGGUCGUCUUCGGCGUCACGCUCGCCGGCGCCUCCUUCACGCUCAAGAACGUAGCCUCCAACAAGGCAGGCGACCCGUCGUCCGGCCCAGGCAAGCCCGGCCUGUUCACCCGUCAGCCGGGCACCCUCAGCCACUACGAGCUGGAGCAGAUGCUGGCGCACGACCUGAGCUGGUCACGCCAGUUCGACCGGGUCGCCCAGUGCUCGUACGUCGUCAACGGCGACCAGUGGGUGGGCUUCGAGGACGACGUGUCUCUGCAGAGCAAGGCCCACCUGCUCCUCUUCACCGGGGGCAUCGCGGUGUGGGACAUCUGCAUGGACGACUUCCGGGGCACCUUCGGCCGACCGCUGCUGGCCCGGGCGCGAGAAAUCUUGCUCAGGAACCACACCUUCGGGCACAGCCUGCGUGCCAAAGGCCCGUCGGGCUGACUCGAGGUCCGCGCUGACACUCCGCCGCGGCCAGUAACCAGCCACACGUAGAGCCGGAAGUGUUCCGUUCGGAAGCCUCGGGCGCUGCGCGUGCUUGAGUAUUGUAGACUUCGUUGGAAGGAUGAGAUGGGUCCAGUGGCUUGGCGCUGUACAGUGGGCCCAACGCGCGUUUUAUUUCAAAUAUGCGAGAACGCUGCGCGUGUGCAGUGUAAGGAUGUCUAUGCGCGGUA